UACACAUCGUGUCCCAGUGUUGAGUGAAUUUUUCCGUCGAAAUGGCACCCAAAACCAGUGGAAAAGCUGCGAAGAAGUCUGGCAAGGCCCAGAAAAAUAUUUCCAAGUCCGACAAGAAAAAGAAGCGCAAGACCCGCAAGGAAAGCUACGCUAUUUACAUCUACAAAGUGUUGAAGCAAGUCCACCCGGAUACUGGCAUCUCUUCGAAGGCCAUGAGCAUCAUGAACAGCUUCGUCAACGAUAUCUUCGAACGCAUUGCUGCUGAGGCAUCCCGCUUGGCGCACUACAACAAGCGUUCGACGAUCACGUCCCGCGAAAUCCAAACCGCUGUUCGUCUGCUGCUGCCUGGUGAGCUUGCCAAGCACGCCGUCUCCGAAGGAACGAAGGCUGUCACAAAGUACACCAGUUCGAAGUAAGCCACUGAAAUGAUUGGCUUCUUUUCAUGAACCUCUCUCAAAUCGGUCCUUUUCAGGACCACAAACCGCAUUCAAACAAAGAAUUAUCCUUCGUUUCAUCUGCACCAGCGAAUUAGCGCUUUGAUUUCAGGGUGUCCGUCUACGUCAACGUUAUUGUUCAGUUUGUUGCGUUUGCCUGUACUAAAUGGCAUUAGUGCAGGUAAACGCAGCCAUAUCCUAAGUUUGUUUGCGAACUUUGUAUUGGAAACAAUGAUGCUGUGAUUGACAUUAAA